CCACCCUGUUCCUUACAAAUGAAAUGUCUUACUACCCAAAUCAGCAAUUAGCUUCUAACUUGCUAACCAUAAGCAUUGUCCAGCAAUUCCUCAAAGUCCCUGGUAGCCACACUCAUAUAGCGUCAGGAGAUGCUGUAAGUCGUAACCGAGAUCGAAUAGGAACUUGAGAGAUUAUGAAAUGACAAUUAAAUGAUCAGUAUAGAGUGGUUCGAGGUUGCCAUCUUGGAUAGUUAUUUCUCCCAGUUUGGUGCAACCUCAAACAAAAAAGCAUUGGCAAUUUUAGAUAAAUAGUGCCAGCCAACUGUCAGUUUACAGAUUGACAUAAGUAAUUUCAUUAUUAAUAAUGACAAGCGUUGUAAAUUUUACACUGGCAUCGACUCCUAUGGAAAAUUAAUUGCCUUAUUUGACUUAAUCGAACAAUCUGCUCCGAAACCACAUCCACUAGAAGUCCUAACGCAUUUGGAAAUAAAAUACUGUGGAAAGUGGCAACUACAAUUUUUUCUUUGGCUUAGUUAAGCAUAUUUAAUGUUUUAUCUAGGAAAUUUAUUGCUGCCCUCACAAACCCUACAAGUGCAUUAUUUGGAUAAGAUGUUAAUGUAUUGGCAUUUGGCACGAAGGCGUGCCAUACCUGAUUGGCUGAGCUGCCUUAGCGUAGUAAUUAUGAAUUUUGAAAACAUAAAUUAUGAAUAAAAUACUGAUAAAAGCUGUAUUAGAGAGCACCUAUGAGGGAAGAGAGUAGCCAUAUUUGAACCGAUGAGGGAACCCCAGUCUCCACCUUGGACGACCUAAACCAGGUUUUCGAGCUGGGUCAGAGAACCUAUAGCCAGGCAAAGAGGGAACUACAAGUUCAAACACAAAAUCAUAUCCUUCAGUUUCCCUAGUGAGCAAGGGAAUAAUUUUUGUGAACUCUAUGAAUGAGCCUGGCCAUCCAUGAAGAAGCAGCAACGGUAAAACUUUUUUGUUUUUCAUCAAUUCUUUACUGGGCUUAGCAUGAAUGAAAUGGAUUCCUAAUUAACAGAAUAGUUAAAAUAGUUAAACAAAUCAGAAAUUCACUGAGAAUAUGAGCAACAACCGAGUCCACCAAUAUCCAAUACCUGCAUUAUUGUAACUAACUUGGCAUUGUAAACUACACCCAUUACAAAAAUUUUUCACUUUCAUUAGUUUCCCACCAAAAAUACUAAAAUUGCCAAUGCUUUUUUGUUUGAGGUUGCACCAAACUGGGAGAAAUAACUAUCCAAGAUGGCAACCUCGAACCACUCUAUAGUCUCUUCAAAGUCGGGAAUAUGUCUGUACUACUGACAAAAACCGGAAUUUAACACACAAAUUACAUAUUUUAUCUUAGAUUUUGUUUUAUUCCGACGGUUUACGAAGUUACUAUAUGAUGUUGUCAGUGGGACAAUUUUCCAACUGUUACCCUCUUGGAUGAUUGACGGAUAUCAUCAAGGAUAUGGCUUGCAAUUGUGUAUGUCCGUUAUAGAAAGCAUGUCAGCAUCCGCAAUUCACUCCGAUUCGUCUGUUCAACGUUAUGAGUCCGCGUUUCGUAGCGAUGAUGGUUAUUACCCAGGACAACUUUUCGAGUUCCUAUAAAAAAUGCAAUAUUUCGAGGAAUUCAGUUAUGAUAACCCGACUUCCAUUUAACACAAGUACUGUUUGCAGCCUGUUCCCCAUUUGUGAUUUUAUUUUGAUCGUAACUCUGCAAUGGCAUGCAAUAGCAAUGUGCUUUAAUAUAUCAUUUUGAAGAAUUGCAAUUAGUUUAUCGCUCUUCGACGAAAAACAUAAUUUACCGGGAAGCGGGAAUCAACCACCAUUAACAAGUUCAUCUCUUCCCUCAGCUGAUCUCAUCGUCUGCAAUGAGCGCGAGCCUGCAUGUGGUUAUGCACGACCCAAUGCUACUCAUAUAAAUUUCCAUUAACAUUGAUUUAUGUGCAGCCAACGAUGAGUGUCGACAGGGAAAGGCUUUUUAAUGCCCUACAAUUACAAAGACAAAAUGUAUGUGUAAAUUUUGCUUGGGGUCUUCAACUUUGCUUUCCAAUGCCAUCGCUCUCGAUUAAAUCAUUCUACGUCAAUGAACUCGGUGUCGAUGUGUUAGUUCCAGUUUCCAAUCGGGAUCUGGGAACUCUGAAAAGAAUCUCAGAACAUGCAGCGAAAACACAGCCUGGCUUAGACAUUGUGGAUCCCUCUUCUGGAUGUAGCUUACAUAUUAAUGAAACUAAAAUCAAGUGUGCAUCAGGGAGCUUUGUGUAUACAGCAGUUCCUCAUCUGAUUACACUUGUUACACACAAUUUGUUUGGGUUCAAGAUUGAAAUGCCUAGUAAAGUGAUGAAUAUCCAUCUAUGCAAAUUGGUAGUUGUUGAAUGUGGGCAGCACAUCAAAUUCCACUCUGAAUCCGAGAAAAAACCAGGGACAUUUGCCAUAAUAGUCUUGACAAUCCCAGUUGAGGGUGGCUAUUCAGGAGGGAAAAUAAAUGUAGAAUGUGAUGGUCAAAAGCACAGCUUCCAGUUUGAACAAGGCAGUGAUCACCAGUUCUCAUUGGUUGCGUUUUUUGAAAAUUGUUACCACGAAGUAGAACCUAUUUCCGACGGCUGGAUGUUGGCGAUGGUAUUUCAUCUCGUCUGGCCAGAGGCUGUUGAAACAGGCAUUUCUCCUCUUGAAUUCCCUGUCUUUAUAAAAGCUUUUAGCGAAAUCAGUGAAGAACUCAUGCCAUGGUCUUUUAUCCCAGCAUUUCCGGGAAAAGGGUGCACAUGGCCAGCAAGAAAGCGUGAUGCUGGGAAUGCCAGUGAAAUGAAUGGUAGUUUCGUAUCCAUAAAUCAACUUGAAAAUACCGACACCUCUGCUCCUUCUGGGAAGUCCGAUUUUUAUGAAUCAGAACACAUUGACGACGCCAAAAUAGCUGGGAACCAAACUGAUGAAGAUAGAGUGCGGUGUACUACUGCAAUGCUUCUGAAGAAUUUAGUAUACGAGGAGCGUGUCCUGUUCUUUCCCCUGCAAGGAAAAUAUGACAACACUAAGCUAUCCUUUACACAACUAGAGGGCCGUGAUCGUCUAAUAGCUCACAUUUUCCAGUCAAUUGGGUUCUUAGACGUACAUCUCACGGUUAUUUCUCAAUUGACUGACAACAAGCGGGAUCACUGUGUUGAUUGGAAAAGAAAUUUCGAUUGGAACGAACGGAUUUUUCAAGUCGUUAAAUGGAUUGAAUCGAAAGAAAAUUGGCCACUUUCACAACAACUUACGCUGGAUGGGCAGACGCAGCUUGUUGGUACAAUUGAUCGCAUCGCAUGGUUAGAAAAUGGAACGAACAUUGAAGCCAAAAAUAUGAUGACUUACUAUCAUAACGCCCUCGUCAUUCAACCCCGAAGUCAGUCAAUUCGUCAUGCUUGCCGAUACCAGCUAGGUAUCGACUCCGUUAUCAAUUACAUGGAACAAAAAAUACUACGAAUACUGGAAACGACGACUGAUGUUCCUUCCUCUGUCCAACAAGAGCUUGUCUCGACUCUCAAACAAGUGAUAGCUUUCUCCAUGGCAGAACCACGUGUAGUAUGGGCGGAUCCUUGUCCAGCAGCAAAUCAACGGAGUUGGCGUCUUGAUCUCUUGGAAUCGAUGGCUACUUAUGUGGUUAAUCCAAUCGAAACGAUAUCCCCUACCAGUGGCAUUCCUAACGUAUUUGUCGAAGGGAUUCGUGACAUAAGAGUCGCCAAAGCAGUUGCCGACUUUGAAUCCAGGAUUAGCGAUUGGAAUACCUGUGGCGAUUUGAUAAUGAAAUUUGUCACCCCGCUUCAUAUCUUCCGACGACUUGCUUGUUUUUGCAGCCUUGCCUGGUAUUUGUUCGAAAAUGACUGCAUCGAAGGGGCCCAAAUGGUAGCUGAUCGCAUUUCCUUUAUUCUAACCAAACUUCUUUCGCCUGAGCAGACCAACGUUUUAGACGACCAUCAAAUCAGUUCCUUCCUUUAUUUAAUCGUAACCAUGGAAACGAACGCUUUAACGACUAGUCAGGAGAGAACUGAAUCAGUGGUCACUCUAUUCGGCCGAUUGGAUGUCUAUCGCCAAUGCUUGUUGAUUAUCGAUUUACAAGCAAAUUACUAUGACGUAAUCAACAAUAUCCCUUCGUGUCGAGGUCUCUUCCGGCAGCUUUGUGAAUUUGUAGCUUCCAGUGAUCUUCAUUCGUCGAGUUCUCUGCUGGAGUUAAUCGUUCCCCUAUUCAAGGUCUACGUUAGUUUUAAUGACAGUGAAUUGCUCCAGAUGCUGAUUGAAAAAUUGUGCCUCGUCGAUGAUUCUAAGGACAUUAUCCAUACCAAUUGUCUUCUGGAUUCGAUCUUGUUAUCACCAGACAUUGGUAAAGUUUUCGCCUUUUCUACACUGGGAAAAUCAGCAGUCAAUGAUUUGCUGAAUACCCGAAUCGAUCAACUUUUGGAAACUGGGUUUUUACCCGAAAGCUCUUUAGGCACGGAAAUGGACGCGAAGUGCCGGAGGCCGGACGGUACGAGAAAGUCUUCCGCCAUAACGCCGCCUUUCAAGCAAGCUUGGCUUCGUAUAUUCACUUGGUGA